GACGCGUAUUGCCAGUUCCCCGACUCGGCCUAUGAGCAAAGCAGCCGGCGAGGAACAAGAACAAAAGUCCUGAGGUCUGUCUCACCAUUAAUUGGCUUGCUAGCGUCCGGACGGCAAUUUGAUAUACUGAUUAACGGACUCGACUCGUCUAUCCGCGAUGAUAGCAUAUACUCCUGAUACAAGCAAAUCCCCAAUUUUGCGAUCCACAAAACAAAUCCCCAAUUUCAUCCGAACCCUAAAUUCCGGCCGACCACGAGAGAGCGAUCCCGGGAGGCGAACAAAUCCCCAAUAUCCUUCGGGCCCCAAUUUCCGCCGACCAAGGGAGCGGCGGCGGCGGCGAUGUCCAUGGCGACUGCCGCCAUGCAAGAGCGUGAUGCGUCGGCGGCCUCCAGGCUGAGGCAAUACCAGAGGAGAAGCAAGUGGAUGCGGCGAUGGAGGACAGAUCCAACCCACGGAAAAGGAGGACCAUGGAGUCGAUCCGCCGAGAGCAUGAGGACGAGCACAAGGAAAGGAAUCUGGCGAUGGCGAAUUCCGACGAGGACGAAGAGGUUGUGGGUUCCUCUCCACCCAGCUCUCCGUUACACAAGAUGCCCUUGAGAGACCCUGCAUCAUUUGCCACUUUUGACCAAUACGUGGAGUGGGUUAGAAUGCUCAAGGAAGAAAUGUCAGAGCGCAGCAGAGUUCGUCCACAGCUUCCUACGGUCUACUUCACUCCUCAGACCAAGUUCAAUACGCCACAACUGUUUCCCCUUCGUGAAUCUGGAACCAAGGCAGUGCGUUCUGCCUCCAAAUUCGUUGUUGGGCUUUCAUCAUCUCUUGAGGGCGAGCCACUUAAGCGGUGUUCUGGUUUCUGGAUCGACUGGGACGAGGAGAGCGGAAUUGGCACUCUCUUGACGACGGCGCAUCUCAUUCGCACAAAGGAGCCGGACAACAGUGUCUGGCUAGGAGGACAGGAGUAUGCUCCUCAUGCUAAUGUUAUUGUUCACUUGCUGGACGGCAAAACUGCAGAUGGCCAGCUGCUCUACCACCAGCCGCAUUAUGACCUUGCCUUCUUUGAGGUUGCAGUGCAUCAACGUGUUCCGGUACCGUGUUUCAACGAAGAAGUGAAAUUUGCCCAAGAUGUCCUUCAGUUGGGAAGAGACAAAUCAUUGGAUCUGAGGAUAACCCAUGGCAGGGCAGCGUACUCGAAUCCAUCACAAGAUGAGCGAUACCACUACAUGUACUUGCAUUCUGAAGAUGAUGAACAAAUUGGUAACGAGUAUGACAAUGGAGGGCCAGUCAUUGAUCUUGAUGGAAAAGUUGUGGGACUGUUCAACACUAGCUCUAGGGGGUCCUUUAUACCUUCUUAUAUUUUGCUGAAGUGCUGCAAUUCAUGGAAGAAAUAUGGGGCAAUCUUUCGACCUCACCUUGGAUUGACUUUUGAGGCUAUCAAGCUGCUAGAGCCUGGUCAAGUUGAUAAGAUAUGGCGUAUGUAUGACAUUGAGGACGGUCUUAUCGUCCAAGAGGUGUCAGAAGGAUCUCGCGCCCAGAAACUUGGGAUCCGACAAGGUGAUAUAAUCGAAUGUUUUAAUGGGAAAUGCAUUUCUACUACAGUGGAGUUGGAGAACAUGUUGUUGGGUAUCUGCACGCGCCCUUUUGGCGACCCUAAUGCCAAAGUUCACAUUUCGGUUGGGGUAUUUCAUGUGCGCAAACAACUCCGGAGGAAUGUAGUGUUGACUGCAUAUGUAUCGGAGCAUGGAGAAAUUGUAGGAUGAGGAGACCUACAGGUUCUCUUGUAUUUCGAACUAGCGGUCAGGAAAUGGAGAUGUCAGUUUGCUGGAUGCUCUGAUGUGAACUUAUAAGUAUACUUAUAUGGCUAGAUUCUCUGGAAGUUGUCGUGUUGGACUGUAGUUAUAUGUAUAUUCUUAGAUUAUGCCAGUAGAUUAUCUCGAGAAGUGAUUUCACAGUAUCAUCACAUUGUUGGGGUUCAUCGAUGUGCUUCCUGCAUCAAUAUGUAAUUCGGUGUAGUGUUUAUGAAGACGAUGUCUAUAUUAAAUCGGCUGCUUAAAUACAGACUGCGUUCAGUAGAAGAUUCAUGGAUUUUGUUCAUUAAGCAACUAGUAUUGGAAUGAAGUCUUCCUAAG